AUGACAAAACCUAUAGCAAAAAUUGGUUUACGUAAGAAUGCACGUAUUGGUUCAAAUAAGAAUGAACGUAGAAUACCAAAAGGAGUUAUUCAUGUUCAAGCGAGUUUCAACAAUACUAUUGUAACUGUUACAGACGUACGAGGUCGGGUGGUUUCUUGGGCUUCCGCAGGUACUUCUGGAUUCAGAGGCACAAGAAAAGGAACACCCUAUGCUGCUCAAGCCGCGGCAUUUAACGCUAUUCGUACAUUAGUUGAUCAGGGUAUGCAACGAGCAGAAGUUAUGAUAAAAGGUCCAGGUCUCGGAAGAGAUGCGGCAUUACGAGCCAUUCGUAGAAAUGGGAUGCUAUUAAGUUUCGUACGUGAUGUAACACCCAUGCCGCAUAAUGGAUGUCGCCCCCCUAAAAAAAGACGUGUGUAG